AUGCAGUCUUACAAAAAUAAUGAGGAGGAAAGAAGGAAGCAAAUAAUGGCAUUGAUAGAAAUAAAAAAGUUGAAUCGAAAGGUAAUGGAGGAGAUUGAAGCUAAAAUGCAAUCUUACAAAAAUAAUGAGGAGGAAAGAAGGAAACAAGUAAUGGCAUUGAUAGAAAGAAAAAAGUUGGAUCAAAAGGUCAAUGGUCAACUCCUUGGCAAAGCAAAGGAUGAGGUUGAAGCUGAAAUGCAGUCUUACGAAAAUAAUGAGGAAAGAAGGAAGCAAAUAAUGACAUUGAUAGAAAGAAAAAAGUUGAAUUCAAAGAUAAUGGAGGAGGUUGACACUGAAAUGCAAUCUUACAAAAAUAAUGAGGAAGGAAUGAAACAAAUAUUGGCAUUGAUAGAAAGAAAAAAGUUGGAUGAAAAGUGCCCAACUCUCUCUCACUCUCUUCUUAUACGCUUUGCAUCUGAAUUUGCCAUGGAGAUAGAAGAAACGGGAGAGCACUAUAUGCCGUGCCCAAAAUGCAGUCAGAAAUGUUAUAAAAAACACCGUGAGAAAGAAUACUUUGAUGGGUCUGCUUCUUUCUUCAAAAUUAUGCUUGGAGAUUUUGCAGAGAAACUGCGCAUUCCUCCGGCUUUUGUUUCCCAGAUCAUAAAUGACCAAGAUGAACAUAUGGUGUUGCAAGGCCCAGAUGGGCAGAACUUCAAUGUACGGUUAUGGCGUUCCAUCAAAAAGUUGGAACUUCAACACGGCUGGAUAAACUUUGUAAAUUAUUAUGGGCUGGAAGUGGGUGAUCUUCUAGUUUUUAAAUACAUUUCUAAGUCAUGCUUUAAAGUCAAGAUUUUCGAUAAAACAUCAUGUGAAAAAAAUCAAAGAAUACAAAGCAAAUCUUCAUUUCAGGGCAAUUCAUCACAUAACCCUGGACAUUCUUUCGCAUCUGAGAAGCAUGGGACAAUGGAAUCUGAUGCUACUUUUAUAUCAGAUAAACCCUCUUGUACACUGGCUAUCAAAUAUCAUGAGCGUAGUUUAAAUCAACAAAUAGACAGUAAACUGCUGAUUGAUCUGGAUUCUGAUGAAAAAGACAACCCUGAGUUUCAGGCGGUGACUGAAAUUUAA